AUGUCGAAAUAUAUAAAUUUAUUAAAGAAAACAGAUGUUAUUAUACCUUCGUUGAGAGAAUCUUCACAGAAUGGUAUAAGAAGUUUUGUAAAUAGUAGUAGUAACAAUAGUAAUACGAUCAAUAUGGUAGGGCAAUUGUCAUCUGAAGUUGGUAGAAUGAAUUACUAUUCUGGUGGUCACUACGGUGGACACCCACAGUUCUAUGCAAACUACCCUGCCGAUCCAAUGCGAAAGAAAGCAACUACCAUUCUCUCGGUGCGUCGUGGUAACAAAGUGGUGAUCAUCGGUGACGGUCAAGUAUCACAGGGACACUCUAUCGUCAAGCCAAACGCAAAGAAGAUAAGAAGAUUGGCAGACGGCAAGAUCGUUGCGGGUUUCGCCGGUUCGGUAGCUGAUGCCUUCACACUGUUUGAGUUGCUCGAGAAGAAGCUCACCGAACACCGUGGACUGCUGCUAAAGUCGUGUGUUGAACUCGCACAGCAGUGGCGUACCGACAAGUACUACCGUCGUCUCGAGGCAAGUCUGAUCGUUGCCGACAAAGACAUAACACUGAACAUCGAUGGUAACGGUGAUGUUCUCGAGCCAAACGAUGGUGUACUUGCAAUCGGUAGCGGUGGUGAGUUUGCUCUUUCCGCAGCGAGAGCACUACUAACCGUACCAGACCUAGAUGCCGAGGAGAUCGCCAGACGUUCAAUGAAGAUCGCCGCCGACAUUUGUAUAUACACAAAUCACAACUUUAUUUUAGAGACAAUCGAAAUCGACCCAUCGAAAUCACCAUCGACAGCUUCAACUCAAUACUCUCAACAAUUAGAUUUAUCACAAGCGCCACCAACCACAAAAGAUGAAAAUAAUAAUAAUAACAAUCAAAAAUAA